AUGUCCUGUCCAAAGAUUCAACAAGCUCCAGUUUCGUGCAACAGCUCCGCUCGUCAGAAUGAGCUUAUUCGCUCGGCUGCCUACAGACAUCCAUGUCGCAGUCUGCACAGCUGUGGGUCGCAAAAUCGAAGCGCGACAUAUAAGACUCUGAGCAGUCCAAUGCCACAUGUGCCAUCACAAAGCAAGCAAAGCGCUCGCACGAUCCAAAUGGGAACCCGUCACCUCAUCUGUGUUUACCACAAAGGCCGCUUCCAGGUCGCGCAUUAUGGACAAUGGGACGGCUAUCCCUCUGGCCAGGGUAUAACGGUCCUCAAAUUCCUCAUUCGACCCGGCAACAUCGAGCGUCUCAAAGCAGGGCUCGAACACACCAAGAUCAUCGUAGCCAACACUUGUGAAGACUUCGCCAAUCUUUCUGAAGAUGAUCGGCAGCUUCUCCAGUCAAGCGCUUCAUGCUCCCGCGACACUGGCGCAAAGAUUCUCGACAUGGUCGCUCAAGCUGGAGAUGCAGAUACAGCUGAGGGCAAAAUCCCGAUUGUGCUUGAUCUGGAGUUUCACAAGGAUGGGUUGUUCUGCGAAUGGGUUUAUGUCGUUGAUCUCGAUGAGGAGGCUUUGGAGGUGUAUGUUGGAAGGUUUGGCUUGGAGAGGAGACGCUUGAGGCCAGGUAGUGUGCGGUUUGGUGAAGACAGUGGAAUUGGCUUGAUUGAAUCCUUUGCGUUUGACAGUCUGCCGGAAGAUUUGCAGCAGUUGGAAGUGCAUGACGCAGAGGAGUGA